CUUCCGUCUCUUCUCAGGUUUGCCGCGCAUGCGCAGAGAGACACCUCCACAACCACAUUCCCCGCUUCUCCUCGCAGGCAGGCAGGCAGAGCAUCCAGCAGCGAGCCACUUCAUAUUUAGACGUCCUCCAUGAUCGUCUGAACACAAAUCCUCGCAUUUUCUCCUUCGAAAUCUUUACGAGGAGUACCAAUCCCACCGUGAAGCUGCAUCAAACCCACCGAUUGUGCUCAAUAGAUGCUCAUUUCCUCACCAUGGCAACAGAAGAUAAGAAACCAGAGACUGACACGAAACCUCCAGUUGUUCCAUCGGCAUCUGCCAGUCAAAGCAAGUCUGCACCCGCCAAGCCAAACUACAGCCUGAAAUUCACACUAGCGGGUCACACUAAAGCCGUCUCCUCCGUCAAGUUCAGUCCGAGCGGAGAAUGGCUCGCCAGCUCAUCUGCUGAUAAACUCAUCAAAAUCUGGGGAGCGUACGACGGCAAGUUUGAGAAAACCAUAUCUGGACACAAACUUGGUAUAUCUGACGUGGCCUGGUCUUCUGACUCCAACCUCCUGGUGUCUGCAUCGGACGACAAAACCCUGAAGAUCUGGGACGUGAGCUCGGGGAAAUGCUUAAAAACUCUAAAAGGUCACAGCAACUACGUCUUCUGCUGCAACUUCAACCCGCAGUCCAAUCUCAUCGUGUCAGGAUCGUUUGACGAGAGCGUAAGGAUAUGGGACGUGAAGACCGGGAAGUGUUUGAAAACAUUGCCGGCGCAUUCUGACCCUGUCUCGGCUGUUCAUUUCAACAGAGACGGCUCGCUGAUCGUGUCCAGUAGCUACGACGGCCUUUGCCGAAUCUGGGACACAGCAUCAGGGCAGUGUUUAAAGACACUCAUAGAUGACGACAACCCUCCCGUGUCAUUUGUGAAGUUUUCCCCCAACGGGAAAUACAUCCUGGCUGCUACACUGGACAACACGCUGAAGCUGUGGGACUACAGCAAAGGAAAGUGCUUGAAAACGUACACCGGCCACAAAAACGAGAAGUACUGCAUAUUUGCAAAUUUCUCCGUCACCGGUGGAAAGUGGAUCGUGUCCGGCUCCGAGGACAACAUGGUUUACAUCUGGAACCUGCAGACGAAGGAGAUCGUGCAGAAACUCCAGGGCCACACAGACGUCGUCAUCUCGACCGCCUGCCACCCGACAGAGAACAUCAUCGCAUCCGCGGCUUUAGAAAACGACAAAACCAUCAAGUUAUGGAGAAGCGACUGCUAAGCCCCCUUUUGGAUCUUUUUGGGCCAUUCAUAUUUCUUUUCUUUUUUUUUUUUUCUAUUAUUUUGUUGUAAGAAAAGAGGACUUUUUUUCUAACAGAGAGCUCUUGCGGGAUGCAGAGGGCUUUCGGGUAAUGAAAUUCAGCGAGGAGAACCAAAAUGAGACAACCACGUACAGUAUCAGCCGGAGUCGGUCGUGCAGCGGACGCGAAUCACCCACCACCCCCACCCACCCCUCGUCACAUCUGAGAUAUAUUCCACGUGUCUGUUAACGUGUGCCAGAUUUUGUCGUCUCCACGGGGAAAGUUUUGUUAUACUUUACAACAAUGUUGCUGUUCUGGUGCUUCAGUAUUUUUUUUUUGACACUGCAUUAACCCUGAUGUCACGGCGUCAUAUAACUGAGCAUUUCUGGUCUUGUACAAUAAAUGUAACGCUUAUUUGGCCUUUCUAUGAUUUCUUUUGCCUUUUUAAUUUGUCUGUGAAUUUGUGUAGUGUCGUCUUCAGACUUCAAGGUGGAGAGGCGAUUUUGACAUCAAGCUCUAGGUAUAAAAAAAAAAAGAAGACAUCUUACGGAUGUUAUUUAUUCAAGUGGCACUGCUAUUAGUGUUCUUAAUAUCCAAUGCCAGAUCUCACUGUGUGCCAAAGCAAGAUAUUUUCAGAGUCCUUUUAGGGCAACAAACCAGGAUUUGAAGUUGAGAAGUACGUGAGAAGUAAAGUUAAAAAUGCCUGAAGAAAAUGUGAUGUAUGAUGUCACAGACGCCCCCAAAUGCUAUGAAUCUUUUACAGUCCUGUUGGAGAAUUAAGUCCUCCCUCCUAUGUCUAAUUUUAACAGUUUACGACGGUGACCAAAUGCAGUUAUUUUGUGUUCUAGGAUUUGUACAUAUUGAACUGACGUAUUGUGAUUUAUUUUAGCUGUCUUUGUUUUUUAAGGCCUCCUCUGCUUCGAUUAGCUCCUACUGUAGUUCUGCAACACAAAGCUCUGUUCUCCGUAGUUAGCCUGGAUUCUUUUUUUUUUCCGUGGAAUACAUGUUUGCAUUUGACGGCUAUAACCUGCGACUAAAUAAUAAACCAGUUUUUGUAUGUUU